AACAACAACAACAACACUCGCCUCGCGGCAUUCGUUCGUGAAUAUCUGCUCGCGUCGAGACGCCGCGGGUCUUUACCCGGAGAAGUUUUGGUACCAGCACCAAGUUGGCGGUUGCCAUGACUGCAAGUUCAGGCUGGGCCCCGGAGGGAAGUGACGAGCGGGGCUGUUGUUGGGACACGUGACUGGAGCUGCGCUGAUCUGUUUUGACAAGCAGCGGGGAGGGAAGCGAGGCGGCGGAGGCAGACAGUAGCAUCACGACUAGCAGGACUCGCUGUUCCUUUAAUCCGCAUUUCGCCUGAAUAUUGUCCGAUAGUUGUCUCGCGCAGGAGCCUGGCGACCCAGCUAGCGGCUCGGUGCGGGCUCGCGGCAGACGUUGCCGUCGUCACUGAAGCGUUCGCUCGGAGUCGGCUCGUUUGUUGUUGUCGGCUUGCAAAAGUUUUAAUGAGGACCACAAAGGAAGUCGGCGCAGGUGGCGUUUCCAGCGACAAGUAAAUGGCGAAGGCUCGACCUCGAAAGCGGACCAAACUCGUUUGACAACGUUUUGUCAUUUUUGUGACCACAAUGAUAGGCUAAAAAUUUGCGUCGCCGUCGCUCCCCCUUCCGAAUGGAAAACGAACAAAAAAAAAAAAAAAAACAAGCAACCCCGUCCAGAGAGCGUUUGUAGCCGGGCUGAGCUACCUUACAGGAGCUGAGAUGUUUGGACGGUGAACCAACAUCAACGAAAAGAGGUUAGUCGGUCGAGUUUUCAGCGGCGCUAGCUGCACUGCUGAGUUAGCGAGCCUCCGUAGCGGUGGUAUCAACGUUACACAAGCUGUGGACGGGGGGGGGGACUGCGAAAUGAAUCCCGACUUAACUAUGAUUCAGGUGGCGGAAUCUGAGACAAGCUGAGAGAGGAGCCAGCUUGCUAGUUGGAUUACUAGUUCGCAGAUUGGUUAACUCGCUAGCAAGCAGUUUGACAACUCGGUUGCCCGACGCUCCUGGUAUCAGCUGUCUUUUGUGUGAGUUGGGGAACACAGUGCGACUCGAUGGAAGCGGACAGGAGCAUGCUAACAAAGCCAGGCUUUGUUGUUGGAUAGGGGCUGGGGGGCAGUUGGCACUGACACGCAGGCUUACAGCUGAUAUCGUCGCUUAGCUAAUACAGCAGGCACCGUCGUGUUGCUGUCAAAGUUGCGCGUGAUACAGAAAGACGACCCUGAAGUCAACCAGAUGACACUGGACAACAUGAAGCCCGAGCGAGAUGUGACAGAGGAGUUUUUCGAGUAUGACGCCGAGGAGUUCCUGGUGUUCCUGACCUUGCUGAUCACAGAGGGAAGGACACCGGAGUACUCAGUGAAAGGCAGGACUGAGGGGCUGCACUGCCCCCCGGCUCAGUCAGGCAUGCCUCCUCUCCACAAGCAUGAAUGCAGCGACAAACUGCCUCAGUGCCGACAAGCCAGGCGAACACGUUCGGAGGUGAUUCUGCUUUGGAGAAACAACAUCCCUAUCAUGAUCGAGGUCAUGCUGUUGCCAGACUGUUGCUAUGGUGAUGAGUGUCCCCCAAGUGACCCAAUCAGUGACCCAGUCAUCAAACAAGAUGCUUUGCUGUUGGAGAGGUGGACCCUACAGGCUGUUCCAAGACAAAGCGGCGAUCGUUUCAUUGAAGAGAAAACUCUGCUACUGGCUGUACGAUCCUAUGUCUUCUUCUCCCAACUCAGCGCCUGGCUCAGCGCCUCCCAUGGCAUCGUCCCCAGGAACAUCCUGUACAGGAUCAGUGCUGCUGACGAAGAUCUGGUGUGGCAGUUUUCCCAGCCACCGUCCGAGCACAUAUUCCCCGUCCCCAACGUCUCCCAGAGCGUCGCCCUGCAGGUCCGCGUCCAGACGCUCCCUCGCCAGCCCACCUACCCCACCCUGGCCUGUAGCAUCCACACCGGUCUGCCUCCCAUCUACAGCAAGACCCCCAGCCUCAGCCCCACCCUUGGCAGCCACGGUGGCCUGCCCACUCUGAAGAAAAGCCAGGAACCUGGCAAAGACAGCCUCCAUCCCAACUCCAGCAUAUUCCGCAAGAGCUCCAACUCCACGUCUAGCCUUCUACUCAACGGCCUACCCAUCCCUAAUCUGCCCAUCAACAACAUCCCGAUCAAUAACCUUCCUCACACCGCCGUGUCACACCCGUACAGCAAGAAGAGCCAGGAGCCAGGAGAGAACCACACGUUUCACAACGGAGAGCUCCCACAAGUCAACAUCCCCCAGCGCCAGGGCUCGCCACUCUUCUACCGACCCGCCCGCUCCCCCACGCCUUCACGCUCCAACUCUCCCUCCCCGCUUCCCUCGGGUAAAGCGGGAAAGUGGUUGUACACGGCACUCAAUGGUUCAUCCGACCCCACCACAGUGGACGACUACACCUGUGGCACCAGCAACACCGACCAGUCCAAGGCUCCCUUCCCAGAGCCUCUGAGAAGUUUCAAGAACUUGUCCAUGGCUGAGUCGUCCCGGUGCCCCUCCCCGAGGCCUUCUGGAAGCGAAACUAAUCCCCUCAUUGGCUCCCUGCUGCAAGAGCGACAGGAAGUCAUAGCUCGAAUCGCACAAAGGCUCAACUUCUGCGACCCGACGACACCGCCACUUCCCCCUGGCCUGUUCGCCACCGACAGCCCUCACAAAGCCAUGUGGGGUGGCAACCACGACGACAAAACCGCCAGUAAGACCAAAGACCCUGAGAUGCGCCCUUACGAGUCGGGACACGCUAAGCCCGCGCCGUUGAGCACCCCUGUGACAGAGACAUCACGCUUUAUCAAGCGGGAGAGCUACUCCCCGAAACCCGCCGCCUGCAGGAAACUGAGAAUGACCGAGACGGAGGAAUGGAACGGAGAAGUGACGGACAGAGACAAGGAGAGCAAUCGGGACAGCUCGCUCAUUGCCCAGGCAGUGCAAGACAUCACCAGGCUCAUCCAGGAGAGGCUGGCCGUCCCGCCUUCAUCCCCCCGGCACAGCCGCAGCACCAGCCCGUUGCACCACCACGUGCACACGACCACAAUCACACACACCGUGCGCACGUACUCGCACCCCCCACCAGCCAGCAACGGCUGCACCAACGGCCAUGUACCCAGCAACGAACCUCAAAGAGACGGCACGCACAACGCCGCCUCACACUCGCCCGUUUGCACAGACAAGCCCCGAGGCGGACCGCAGGCCGAAUGCCGCUCUCCACGGGCCCAAAACGGUGCUCAGUUUACACUUGAAGAGACCUCACUCAACGGCCAGGCCGACACCCGGGUCCCCUGCCGUUUACGAGCUUCCCCGCUGGAGAGGCUCCCAGUCAGGACACCCAGCAGCCAUGAAACCCCGCCUCCCUCCCCCGUCCUGGAGAACAAACCAAGAAACGCCCAGGUGUUCAGUUGGAACAACCACAGCGCCAGCCCAGGCACAAACUGUUACAGAAUCCACGACGACGGCAAGCUUCAGAGUCUGCACCAGAACGGCAUGCCAGCUCAGGCGUCCGCUCUGCGGGACGAGAACCAGGCGCCUUCAGACUGUGACUCCUUCACAUCCAGUCCAGAAAUGACUCCAUCACCUUUAAUCCUCCGUCCUCAUAGCCCCUCCCCCCUGCGUCCCUGCAACAGCUGGAAGAAACAGAAUCGCCACUCUCUGGACGCCACAGCAACAAAGGCCUUCCACCCCUGCACCGGCCUGCCUCUGCUCUCCAGCCCCGUUCCUCAGAGGAAAAAUCAAACAGGUUACUUUGACCUGGACAUCUCUCUGACUGGCUGUAAGGGUUUGCCUUGGGCCUCUGGGAAAAGGGUGUGUCCAAAGAGAGAUGAGAACACCGAUGAGUCACAUCAGCUGUUCAGCGCCAGCGCUCCUCCUGCCAGUCUAAGCCUGCUAGGAAACUUUGAGGAGUGUGUGUUGAACUAUCGACUUGAGCCUUUAGGGACAGUUGAAGGUUUCACAGCAGAGGUGGGAGCCAGCGGCUCUUUCUGCCCAAGUCACCUGACCCUGCCAGUCGACGUGUCAUUCUACAGCGUCUCCGAUGAUAACGCUCCCUCCCCAUACAUGGGUGUGAUUAACCUGGAGUCCCUGGGAAAAAGGGGCUACCGUGUACCUGCAUCAGGAACCAUUCAAGUGACCUUAUUCAACCCUAACAAGACAGUGGUGAAGAUGUUUGUUGUGAUGUACGACCUAAGAGCCAUGCCAGCUGGACACCAGACCUUCCUACGCCAGAGAACCUUUUCUGUUCCCGUUCGCCGCGACGCCAACAAUCAGACCAACAGGAAGCCCCUCAUUCCGGGCCAAGGCCGCACGCUGCGCUACCUUAUCCAUCUGAGGUUCCAGAGCUCAAAGUCUGGAAAGCUCUACCUUCAUAGAGACAUCCGUCUGUUGUUCUCCAGGAAGUCCAUGGAGGUGGACAGCGGUGCUGCCUAUGAGCUCCAGUCCUUCACAGAAUCUCCCAUAGAUCCUCCAUUUUCUCCUCGCUGCUGAAGCCAAACGCUUCAUCCCUCCAUCCGACAGUCCAUUACUGAAACUUCAGCCACACCUCGAAGCCAGCACUAGACUCUAACUCACUCCAUCAGUCUGUUGUGUGACCUUUUUUUUGUGAGAGAGAGAGAGAUGGGGUCCGAGGACAGAAGUCAACAGACGCCGUUGACCUGUAUCCAAAGACUUCAGUUCCAUCCUGUUCAUCGCCCAAUAAAACAAAAAUGGGGACGACAAGGAGACUGAGAGACUCGUCAUAGAUACACCUUGUUCUUUGUGAAUUGCACAUCAUAGGAACAGAGGGAUUUAGUCAGAAAGUUAGCUAUUGGAGGAGUUCAUGAUACUGUUCAAAUUCUUUUUUUUUUUUUUUUUUUUUGCAAUAUUAGAAUCAUAUUGUUUCUUCUUGUCCUGGAAUUUAAUGUAACCCCUCUUGUAUCUGGCUUUAAUUUAAUCAAAGAAGUUCAGGUCUUUUUUUUUCUGCUGGCACAAAUCAAAAUGUUUUUCCUCUCAGAAUAAGUUCCAUUUCUGUUUACGUCGUCUCUAAUUCAACACAAAGCCGAUUAUUGCUAAGAUUUUCCUUAUUUUGCAUAUUCGAUUGGCUCUACAGAACAUGACCUCUAAUGUGUGACCCUAUGAUUCCUGAGCUGUUUAGGGGGAAGCAGGCGGAACCAGGCUGUGGUGCAACACAAAUCUUGGACCAUCAAGGAACAAGCAAUCACGAUAAUGUACCUGAAAACAUCGCAGCAGAACAUCAAACUGUGCACUGUGGAUUUUAUUUUAUUUUAUUUCCCCUUUUGGUUCUUCGUUAUAACUGGAAAUGGAACAGAAAAUAGUCAUAUUCUAAUACUUUUGUACUGUUACAAAAACCACUUUAUUGGAACUGUUGCAAUAGAAUGAGUAACAUUAGUUUAGUGUUUACACGUUCACUUUUCAAUUUACUUACCAUCAGUUUAUUUAAUAUUUAAAUUAAUAUUUCAGUUACUAUUUGUGACGUCUGUCAUGCUAAGAUGAUGUAGUGCAAACUGUAUAUCAUAGUGUGUAUUUUUGACAUUACUAUUCAAAUCGAAAAAAUAUAUAUAUCUAUAUCUUCUAAAGCAA